AAGUUGUCGCCCGCCCGCGAGCCCUGGAUAUAUGUAAAUUCGCCUUGUGAAAGGUUGAAAAAAUUUGUCCGAAAACCGGCCGGUUUGAAUUCAGAUUCGACGGGGAGCAAUUCCUCCGGCCGACCGAAACGGCGAAAGCCGGUGCUUCCGCAGAAAGUAUGCAGCAACAGCUGACGGCCCAAGUGGCGUCGCCGCCCAACCCGGCUUCGACUCUGACUCCGGCUCCGGCUCCGGGUCCGACCCCUCCGCCGGUGAACGAGCCCCGGGCGGAGGCGCCGCCGAAGCAGGUGGCCCUGGCGAUGGAUCGGCUGUCGCAGGCGGCGCGCCUCAUCGCCGACGUGAGGCUCGGCGCCGACCGGAUCCUGGAAGCGCUCUUCGUGGCCGCGCAGCCGCACCAGAGCACCAAGCCCCACCGGUCUUUCACCAAGGAGGACGCCUCCAUGCGUCAGCACCUCCAGGAUCUUCGCGCCAUCGGGAAGCUGUUGGAAGAGUCGGGGGUCUUAAACGAGUCUCUGCGAUCGAGGAGUAACUCGUGGGGUCUGCACAUGCCGUUGGUUUGCCCGGACGGCGCCGUCGUCGCAUAUGCUUGGAAGCGGCAGUUGGCCGGACAAGCCGGUGCAUCUGCUGUCGACAGGACCAGGUUAGCUCUCAAGGCUUUCACUGAUCAGAAGCGACGAUUUUUCCCUCAUCUUGAUGAUGGUCUUAAUGGCCAAAGUCUUGAAUCAGAACCCAAAAGGCAUUGUGGUUCUCGAGUAUCAACAGCAAGUCAGGAGGAUGCCCAUAGUAAUUACAAGACACUAUCUGAUGUUCUUAUUCACAUGGAGAAAGAGAUGCCAAGUGUCAAAGUUUUGACACAUGGUCGAUUGGAUUGGCUGAAAAGAGCUUCUUCCCUGCCAUCUUCUGCAAAUGAGAAUCUUAUAGAAGCAUCGAAAGAACACAGUUUUCAUGGUUUAAAUAGGCUAAGGCCGUCUCCUGUUGGAACUGUAAGUGUUAAUACUGACAAAGUUGCCGUGAUUGAGUUGCUGGUUCCUUCGGUCUUCAGAGCUUUAAUAUCAUUGCAUCCUGCGGGUUCUGUUGACCCAGAUGCAGUGGCCUUCUUUUCUCCAGAUGAGGGAGGUAGCUAUGUUCAUGCUCGAGGUCAUUCAGUUCAUCAUGUUUUUAGGCACAUCACGGAUCAUGCUGCCAUGGCCCUACAAUAUUUUGUAGGGGUCAAAGCUGAAACUGCUCUAUUAUCUCUUUUGCGUUGGAUCGGCAGCUAUCAAACUUUAUUCACAAAAGUUUGCAGCGAGUGCGGACGUUUGCUGUCCAUGGAUAAACGAUCGGCGUUGUUGUUACCUCCUGUUCAUCGUCCGUACAUGGACACUCCAGUGUCUUCAACGAAGGACCAGAGUGCCAAUCUCUCUCGGGCUUAUCACCUUGCUUGCUAUCCUGAACAAACGUAGCGAAUUUAUCGGAUCCAAGGCUAAGCUCUACCCAUGGCUCAAGAGGAGGAUCAAAAUCCAAUAGUUUUGUUUUUGUUUUUCAGAAAUCCUAGGUGCAUGUUUUCCUAAUGAGGACCAACGUGGAGAAAAAUGUACAGCAAAGUUCUCUGUUUCCAGAUUAAUAACCCUUACGCUAGCGACCGACUUUUUCAGCCAUUAUUACUUGGACGUAAUGAUUCUAUUGAAGCAAGUAAGAGGUGUAUGUACCAAUAGCUCACUUCAGAACUCUUCAAUCUCUGAGAGAAAAUGUGUCGUACCACUCUUCUACUGAAUGCAAUAUUAGGAAAUAUGGAAAUGAAAGGAAAAGAAA